UUAUUGUUUACAUUUGAUACGAGCACAUGCUUGAGUCGGAGUUACGAUCGAAAUCAUCGUUCAUUUAAUAUAGCAACAUGUACGACUGUGUGUGCUAAGAAUAAAACAUAAUGUGACUGGAAAAGCGAGUUCGUCGAUACUUUCACCAUUUCGGCAUACUGAAAUUUGUUUACCAUUUUUCAGGUCUGAUCUAAAAACCAGAAAAAAUGUCUCGUCAGUCUUCACGAACUGGUGCUUCGAAAUGGAAGACUGCACGGGACUUGAAGCUAAAGAAAGCAAAGUACAAGUUAGCAGCUAUCGACGGGAUACGACAAAGAGCUCCGCCAGACAGAGCUGGAUCUGUGAGGGACACUGUCUCCAUCUACACCACUGGCUCGACAGUUAUGCGGGACUUGUACAACCCACCACUUGGUUAUGACACACUGGCAAUGCAGCGUUUCCGUGACUACCUGGAGGAGACAGAACUUGUUGAAUCAUUUCGCAGACUAAUGACACUAUUACUAGAUAGACCUGAACUCCCUUAUAACCCCUACCCAGGUUUUGUUCAACGCUUCAGACAGAAUGCAGAGGCGUUUCACUUGGAUCAGAUUCGAGAGGAAAGAAUUCACCAGCUGUUGAACAACAACCUUCAAGAGUCGAUUAUGCAGAAUCUGUUCUUGGUGCGAGGGUAUGACACCAUAUGGGGACUGCCAAGUAUUCUCCGUGUGGUCAGCCCUCAGCGAAUCUCUUGUUAUAAAUGGCUUGUGUACGACAUGACGCCUGAGCCUGAGGACCUUUUCUCUGAGCCAGGCUACACAAACCAGGUGACAGUAGCAUUGGUAGGCCCUUGUGUGUUUGAAGGCACAUUCUACCAACAAGUCUACAAUAUUCAGAUGCGUAAAGAGUUCCUGAUCACUGGUGAAGAUGUUAAAUUGGGGGUUUCUAUCUUCGUGAACUCUGUCAUGUCGGAGAUAGAUGGUAUGUACUCUAACCCGCGCCACCUGAUCUUGGGCGUGAAUCUGCCGUAUGGAGACAAUGACUCUCCCCAUAUCACACUCAUGGAUUUCUGGGAUCCGGACCGUAUCCAACAGGAAAAGGAAACAUUUCUACAAGCUAUGAGUGAUACAGUUCUAUCCAACAAGUAUAUCUACAUGGAUUGUAUUUUUCGUGUGGACCCUGACGUGACGACCUAUACAAGAGGACAGGUCCAGUUUGGUCUAAACUUUAUCGCUCUGUCUUUGACAUCUGACGCCAAUGAAGGGAAUGGAUCGGAGACCAACAUCGUGGGCGGUACAAACAAUGAAUCUGGCCUGUCAAGUUUCUGUGAGUAUCCAAUGUCAUCUCUACAUGAGGGUGUCUUCCUUAACCGAAGUCAUGCAGAGGCCUACUUGUCCAUCUUCUCACCUCAAGUUGAUUCCUUCCAGAAGGCAGAAACUCGAGCCCCAGUUCCCCACGCAUCUGCAAGCAAACCAAGAAAUACCCCUAGGGGUGCAGGCACAAAAAAUGGCCGUGCUACUGCACAGAGUCAAACAAAUCGUCCUUUUACACGCAACCAGGAAAAAGAUGUACGCACAGUGAGACGACAUGUACAUGAUCGCUUUAGUCAUCUGAAACCUCAGAAGAUUAGGAUCGAUGGUUUCAAGCUUGGUGACGAGACAACCUAUGGCCCUUAUGCCUGGCAGAUUACUGCCCCACUGAAGUCUCACCUGCAGCAAAAACUAGCUGGUCACCACAUGCAUGCAGAAUUAUUUGAUUCAUGCUACUGUGUCAUCAUACUUUUACUGCUGGAAAGAGAUUCGUUUGAGCUUGGUUUGGAGGUAGAGAUUUUCCGCUUGUUGCACAGCACUGCUGGACGAUUGUAUUACCUAAUGGAACAAAACAAGAGUCUGCGUUUUUUCCUCAAAGGCUUCGGUGGUGCAAAGGAAACCAGUGUAUUGAAAGAACAAAUGGCAAAAUACAGGGAAGCAGUGGUCAACCUUCUAGACAGUGACCUGAAUGUUCGAAGUGCAGACCAGGUGACGGCUGGCAAAGUGAUGAUGUCUCAGAUUGAUGACUUGAUGCCUGGAUCUGUGAUACCCUUUGGAUCAGGUUAUCACGUACAGACGACCAUGAAGACGUUAAAGAACCUUAACUGGUAUUGUCUAACAUUGCUGAUUCAAAUUGUUGAGGACACCCUUCCUCGAGCACCGAUAUUUAAGGAGUUAGUUUUGAAGAUGCAAAUGACAUUUCCUGAAAGAGCACCACGCCCAAUUACCAGACUCCGACAAAGAAGUGACCCUGUGGGAAGUGACAUGGAUCUUCAGGUAGACCAUGGUGUCGAGAAUGACCACAUCAAAAAUCAUGAACGUUAUGUGAUAGACGUACAAUCUUGUAUGAACAAAGACAUCUCAACAUCCAAACAGAUUGCAAGAGAGGCUGUCCUACUGCGGUACCUGGUGGACACCCAUGUAGAUCUGGUAUGGCACGACUUCCUCCUGGAUAUCGCCACAGGUGAACACUUUCCCCCGAACCCGUACCCUCUCCUCGUCAGCAUUCUCCGCCAGUGUGCUAUGAGAAUGGAUCUAUGUUUUGAACGGUCAGACGCCAUUACAGAGAGAAUGGGGAGUGCCGAGAAUAUGCAGCUGGAGGACCCAGACAACUAUGUUUACCAUAUCCCAGGGGUGGAUGGACAUGGCACACCAAGCGCUUUAGCAGUACUUGAUACAGGAAUGUAUGUGCCUCUCACCGAAACCCUAAAGGUGUUUGAGCAACAGAGCUAUAUACAGAGGAAGGGCGCGUAUAGGGUGGCAAUCUGCAUGGCGAUGUGUGGACCUAGUAUUCUGUAUGGGAAGAUGCAGCCAUACCUUAAUGAGAUUGAACUACAUGAGCAUAUCUAUAUCCAGGGACCGCCAGGAUGUCAAGGGGAGGCAAUCCAGCUGUUUGCUCUUAUAGUGCACAACCAUCUGAGUGAUCUGAUAAGACAAGAGGAAGUUCCAGUUAUGGGAGCAUAUUUUGGUGACGGUCAGUCCCGCUGGACCUGGGCUGACAUAAUGACCAAGAAAAAUGGCUUCAUCACCGAGUGUGUGGCUAUCUGUUCCAGCAAAGAGACCAUAUUUAUGAAGGCCUACGUUUUCCUGGACCAGUGGCGUUAUGUACCAGUGCGAAAAUACUUUCUCUUCCAUUUCCUCACCGAUGAUGAUGUUGAUGCUGAAGUGUAUUACCCUGACAAUCCAGUGGCAUUUUACCAGUCCAUAUUCCUGUCCCAAGACAGAGCAGCUUUCCAUUAUCAAAAUGGUGGCCCUAGAUGUGGUGGAGAUCCUAUGAAUGGAGCAAACACACGUACUGCACACCAGUUUCUCAACAGAAUGCUGGGAGAUGCCAAGCUGCACUGUGAUUGGCUGACAGUCCAUCGAGGCCUUCUUCUCAGGAGUAUUCUCAAUCAGGACCAGUACCACAUAGCGGAGAGCUGGCGUAUGUUACACAGUAUGGCCGCCCAGAUAGAGUAUUUAACGUUCAUGGUGGAAACAUUACAAGACCUUGUCCAACUCAUGAUGGAGUUUAUAGGACAUAAUCAAGAGAGAUUCAGGAAUCGUCAACCUCCUCCACCCUCACAGCAGCCCAGUCGGGGGUCAAAGGGCACCAGGAAGUCAAAGCGCAGUCAGGCGACCCCAGUGACAGCUGCUUCACUCAGCUCAACAGAGGAACUAGAGGGCCCUAUUAAUGAGGCUCAACUGGGGAGGAUGGUUAUGGUGUUUCAACAAAAGCUGACAGAUGUUUGCAAGGCUCGAAUUACUAUGGCUGGCUCGGAGCUUGCUAACUUCCUUGAUUCCAAGCUGAGGACAGCUAUUGAGGAGGAUCCUUAUGUAGACAACUAUUAUCUUGCCUACGAGGGCCAGACACUCUUCAGAUUGGAGGAGAUAAAACACAUGCUACGCCUGCUUCAGGAUAGCAUUGCCAAUGAUGUCCAUGAGGCCAGUCCUGUUGCUAGUAAAGUGAUGGAGAACAUUAACUGCCCUGAUAUGGAGGAGUUAAGACCAAGUUCUGUGGCGUCCAUGACCCUAAAUGACCCGAACAUGUACAGGCGGAGCCUUGCACCUCACGCCAUGAAUACUAUUCUGGAGUAAACUGUGUCAUUUUUUUGUUGUUUCAUUUUUAUAGGAAUGGAAUUUAUUUUAGUGACCUACACAAAAUGAUGGGAAAUAUGUAUAUAUUUUUUUUUAAUUUAAUUUGUUGGGAACGGAAUUGUUAGUUAAUGACAUUGGUGCUAAUAUUUGUGUACACAUGUACAUGUUUAUUUGAUCUUUCGUAUAAAAUGGAUCCCACCAUCUGAUAAAAUUUGUAUGUACAGUGAAACAUGACUUUACACAUUUUCUGGUUGAGUCAUUGUGUCAGAUAUGACAGUGAGUUGCAAUUGGUAAAGUCAGUUUCAGCAAUGACAUUGAAUGAUGUCACCUUUCAGAUGGAUAAGGUCGGAUAAUUCAGGCUGCCGUUAAAGCCAAAUAAAAUACAGUGAAAAUAUUACUUUAAUGACACUGCAUGAGACAGAGUCAUUGUGUCGGAUAUGACAGUGUGUCUGUAAAGCCAGUGUCAGCAAUGGUCGAUAAAGACAGGUUUCACUGUAUGAAAACAAUAUGAUCUCUUACCUUGUCUGUUAGGAGGUCCCUGUCUCAAUAAGUCCUAAUAUCCUUCUUUUUUUCUUUGUGUUUCAUUUCUUACUUUGUCACUGUAUUGUGACACUUCUUAAUAUUAUUUGGCAACAGAACUAGAUACAUGUACACAUUCACAUCCCUUUACAUUUUAUAUCUUAUACAGACAGUAUAGAAACAUUUAUUUUGUAUAUAUGAAACAUUUAUUUUGUAUACAUGAAACAUUUAUUUCAUAUAUUCGAAUCAUUCAUUUUGUAUAUAUAUGUAUGUGUAACAUUAAUUUCAUACAUAAGAAGCAUUUCUUUCAGUAGCUUUGUAUUCACAUGUUAUUAUUGCUCAAAAGGUUUCUUCCAAUUAGAAGAUAGCCACAAAUUCAAUGUUUGUUAUCUGUAAUUUGUUAUCAAUAAUAAUGGGUAUGACAUGUGUAGGUCUAUUUAUAGUUACAAGUCAUAUUGUGACUGAUGUGAUAUUGAAGUCGCUUUGAUUUUUUCUAUAUUUGAGUUCCGACUCCGUCCAUCUAUCCACGACUGCUUCUGAGAAUGUUUAUUUAAUUUCACAUUGUAAAUUUUAUAUUUCACACAUGAAAUUGAAUGAUUAUAUUUAAUUUCACCCAAAAACUAAAUUUUUGGUUUAAACUAGUGUUGUUGCCAUUAAUUGUUGCUAAACACGUUUGCGAGUGAGUGUUUGUGAAUGAAUGAUGCUAUCAUGUACUGAAGUUAUCAGUUGCUGUUUAGUAAUGGUGAUAGGUUAACGGAAGUGUCUGUGACACAAGGGCAGUUUUCGUUUUUGCGGUCCAAACGGUUAGACCACUUGGAUCGGUGUUCAUUUAUGAAAUAAAGACGGACCUGGUGAUUUUAUAUAUUGUUUUCAGACGAGCCUUGACAAAGACUUCCAAGGCCUGUAUUAACAUUUGAAGGUCUGCCAAGAUAAAUGUUUGAAAUAUUACAUUUAAAAACUGACAAACCGGUUUGUUCGCAUAAAUGAACAGGCCCUUAAAAAUUGUUCCUAUCUCUCAGUGUCUUUUUGUACAAUGUAUCAAUAUGCUUAAAAUAAAAUAAAACUAACUUUAAACUAAAUUAAAUAAUGAGGUUCAGCAUUCUUCAACAGUCAACGUUUUUGUCAUCAAAUGACUACCUAUUGAAUACAAAAAGGCCCAAUGGUCCUGAUAUGUGUAGGACUCAAGUGCUUUAAAGUUUCCAGAUACAUUUAUGAAUGGCUAAUUACAGGUGUUUAUAAGCUUCAGUCUUAUUUAUUUUUAUUUAUUUAUUUAUUUAUUUAUUUAUUUUACACUUAUAGAAUUGAUGAGCAUUAAAGGUGUUCAAAACUUCAUGGUAUUUAAUUCUUUGACAUUGUAGAAUGCAUUACUUUUAUUUUUACAUAUUAUUAGCUCAUUUUCUAUUAAUAGAAUGUACAACAAUGUCUUGAAAUUGUUGUAUUUUGUUAUGUUUCCCAGUUGAAAUAAAACAACAUUUUAAUUAUUGA